CCCCCGCCCCUCCCCCGCCGGAACCGGCGGCGGCGCUGCCCCGCGCCGGCAUGAGGAGGGCAGAGCGCGGUGGGCGGCGAGGCGGUUUGAGCUGACCAUAGUAACCGCAGCAAUGGUGCAGAAGUACCAGUCUCCCGUGCGGGUGUAUAAACACCCUUUUGAGUUGAUUAUGGCUGCUUAUGAGAGAAGGUUUCCUACGUGUCCUCUGAUUCCUAUGUUUGUAGCCAGUGACACCGUGAACGAAUACAAGAGUGAGGAUGAAGCCAUCCAUGUGAUUGAACGGCGCUGCAAGCUGGAUAUAGAUGCACCACGACUGUUGAAAAAGAUUGCAGGAGUGGAUUACGUCUACUUUGUCCAGAAGAACUCUCUGAACAGACGAGAAAGGACUUUGCAUAUAGAAGCCUACAAUGAAACCUUCUCUAAUAGAGUCAUUAUUAACGAACACUGCUGUUACACAGUUCAUCCCGACAAUGAAGACUGGACCUGUUUUGAACAGUCAGCGAGUCUGGAUAUAAAAUCUUUUUUUGGUUUUGAAAGCACAGUGGAAAAGAUCGCCAUGAAGCAGUACACCAGCAAUAUUAAAAAGGGAAAGGAAAUAAUUGAGUACUACCUGAAGCAGCUGGAGGAAGAAGGAAUAACCUUUGUUCCUCGUUGGACUCCCCCUGUUGCAUGUAAAUUGGAGAGCAGCACAUCCCACACCAGACGACCAGUUUCACCUGCUAUUAAUAUACCAGACUCUGCCACAAAGGAGGGCUUGAACAAUAAGGAGAUCCUCAACACCUCAAGCAGCCCCUCCGAGCCUACAGCAGGAACACCUGAUGACAAGCUAGAUGCAGACUACAUCAAGCGGUAUCUUGGUGACUUGACCCCAAUGCAGGAAAGCUGCCUCAUUCGGCUGAGACAGUGGCUUCAGGAGACACACAAGGGCAAGAUCCCAAAGGACGAGCACAUUUUAAGAUUCCUGCGUGCCCGGGACUUCAACAUUGAUAAAGCAAGAGAGAUCCUUUGCCAGUCUUUGACAUGGCGCAAGCAGCACCAGGUAGACUAUAUUUUAGACACUUGGAAUCCUCCUCAAGUACUCCAGGAUUAUUAUGCAGGAGGCUGGCAUCACCAUGACAAAGAUGGUCGCCCGCUGUAUGUGCUGAGAUUGGGACAGAUGGAUACGAAAGGCUUAGUGCGAGCACUUGGGGAAGAGGCCUUGCUUCGAUACGUUCUUUCUAUAAAUGAAGAAGGACUGAGGCGAUGUGAAGAGAACACAAAAGUAUUUGGCAGACCAAUAAGCUCUUGGACCUGUCUAGUAGAUCUAGAAGGCUUGAACAUGCGGCAUUUAUGGCGACCUGGUGUCAAAGCAUUGCUGAGAAUCAUUGAGGUGGUUGAAGCUAAUUACCCUGAGACUUUGGGUCGUCUUCUUAUCCUGAGAGCACCUCGAGUAUUUCCAGUUCUUUGGACACUGGUUAGUCCAUUCAUUGAUGACAACACUAGAAAGAAAUUCCUUAUUUAUGCUGGAAAUGACUACCAGGGUCCUGGGGGACUGCUGGAUUACAUUGAUAAAGAAAUUAUCCCUGAUUUCCUUGGUGGAGAGUGCAUGUGUGAAGUACCAGAGGGUGGGCUGGUUCCCAAGUCCCUCUACCGGACAGCAGAAGAGUUGGAAAAUGAAGACAUAAAGCUCUGGACUGAAACAAUCUACCAGUCUGCAAGUGUCUUCAAAGGAGCUCCGCAUGAGGUUCUCGUUCAGAUUGUGGAUGCUUCAUCGGUGAUCACAUGGGAUUUUGAUGUGUGCAAAGGCGACAUUGUUUUUAACAUCUUUCAUUCCAAGAGAGCCCCACAGCCUCCUAAAAAAGACUCUCUGGGAGCUCACAGUAUUACAUCUCCUGGUGGGAACAAUGUCCAGUUGAUAGACAAAGUCUGGCAAUUGGGGCGUGAUUACAGUAUGGUGGAGUCGCCUCUUAUCUGCAAGGAAGGGGAAAGCGUGCAGGGAUCGCAUGUGACCAGGUGGCCUGGCUUCUACAUUCUCCAGUGGAAAUUUCAUAGCAUGCCUGCCUGUGCUACAACCAACCUGCCUCGUGUGGAUGAUGUACUAGCAUCUCUACAGGUCUCCUCUCACAAAUGUAAAGUGAUGUACUAUACCGAAGUAAUAGGAUCUGAAGAUUUCAGGGGAUCUAUGACCAGCCUUGAAUCAAGCCACAGUGGAUUCUCCCAGCUCAGUGCUGCCACCACCUCUUCCAGCCAGUCCCAUUCCAGCUCCAUGAUUUCCAGAUGGCGAUUUUGCUGACAACUGUAAGGAAACUGCUUCACUCAACACUCCAUCUCUCUCCAGAGGUGUCUGGCUUUGUAGACCUUUUUGAGUUGCAGUCACUUUCCAAGUCUGAAGAUCUGUUUUGUUUUUCACUUGAGCUGGCUCAAAAGUGGCACUUCGGGUUUUUCCGGCUGUAAAUCUUAACACUCCUUUUAGAGCUCAAAGCACAUGACAGCACAAAUAGCUGGGGGGGGAUAAAAUUCCAGAAAACCAGUACUUUAUCCUCCUCUAAGCAAAGUGCUCUGGCAAUAUGACUUGAUCAUUACAGUCUGACUAAUUAAUUUCCCAUAUCCUGGUCUUUUCUUGUGUGAUAUUAUUGUUCUUCUCUCAGCCGACGACUUCUGUUGGCUUUUUUCCUGUUAUCAGUGUCCUUCUGCACUUACCUGUCCGUACUCAUGAACUGCAUAUCAAAUUCUGUAAAUGUUUUGUAUACAUAAUACCUCAUUCUUGGUAAUAAAAUACAGAUAGUCUUUAAAAGAUUUUUUUAUUGUUAUCAAUAAUAAAUGUGAAUUGUUUGGAAAAA